GUAGUAGAGGGCGCAAACAACGAGCUGAAGAAGUAAACAUAACCUCACAAAGAUAUUACCCAAAAAUUGCGUCAGAGAUCUUUUUAGCUCUUACCGGGCAGUUUAUUUAGUUGGCACGUCUCCUGGCCACCUCAGUUGCUGCUCCAGUGUCUGCACGAGUAGUUGUGCCCACAAAAUUCACGUGAUGUCCCUCGGAUUUCUCUACAAAGCAGCUUGGCUGCUGCUUCAUUUUAUCUUCUCAAUCGUUGAAGCUGUAAUCUUCUACCGGAAGUUCCUGGUCAGGAAGUUCAAACAGUUCUCGUGGUCUCCACAACAUGAUGGCUACUCCAAGAACCCGGCUGAGUUCAUCAAACUCCACAGAGACUACUUGGAUAAGAUUCCUACGCACUUGGCUGUAAUCCUUGGGCUGGAAGAGCCCAAUUUUGAAGCUCUGUCCAAUCUCAUCUAUUGGGCAAUGGCCAGUGAGAUUAGCUACAUUAGCAUCUACGACCACAAAGAAAUCCUCCAGGCGCAUCAGGAGGACUUCCGGGAGUUUGUUUUGCGUCGUCAAACAAUCCCAGGACGUGUUACCUUCAUUCCAGCUCACGAUGGGAGCGAUGCCAAUGGCUUCAAGAACCAAAUAAAGGUACGAAUUCUCUCUCGUGCCGAUGGGAAGCCCACAAUUGGGAAUCUCUGUCGCACCCUGAGUCAGGAAGUUCAACGAGGGCAGCUGCAGCUUGACCAAAUUGACGUGGAGCUUGUGGAUAAGCGUCUCAGUGAUAUGACAGGACGCAUCCCAGAUCCCGAAGUUGCCGUCUACACGGGAGACUUCUGUUGUACCUACGGCUUCCUCCCGUGGCAAUCCCGACUGACGGAAUUCAUCCCAAUGGGCCCACAGAAUCUCUUUGGGAUGGAUACCUUCCUCAAUGUUCUCUACCAGUACGCGAAGAAGGAGCAGAGAUUCGGGAAGUAGACUUUCAUUCUUGCGGGAUCAAUCUGGAGGAAUUUUUGGGGAUUUUGUUGUAUUGUAAAUAAAUUAAUAAAAUGAUUUAGUUAGUCUUGGAUUUCAAAGAAAUCUCAGGAAAUCAAUAAAGAAACUGACCACCAA